UCUGACCCAUGACUCUCUCUUGCUUUGCAGGAUCUGCAAAGGGUCAUGCCAGACCUCCUGGACGCCAUGCUGGGGAACCUGCUGGCAAAGUCCCCAGACACCGACAAGCUCCACUACAUCUUGGAGGCGAGCCCGAUGAGAGGGAACUCAGCCGAAUUCCCCAAGAUGGGUCACCACGUGGCACAGCUGGCUCUGUUCGUCGGUGACCCAGCCAAGGACAUCAGCUGGCAGGCCAGGGAGGGGGUUUACCGGCUCUACCAGCUGCUGCUGCACCAGAGGGAGCUGACCAUCCACGAAGCCGAAGACCUGUGGGUGUGCGACUGGCACCAGGACAGCAGGCUCCUGGGGUACAAAAACACAGCCAGGGUCGGGGAGGUAAGGACACUCUGCCAGGGCAUGGCAUAGCUCUGGCAGUGCGGGUGGCUGCCUCCUGGAGCCACUCGACGGAGAUGCCGUUGUAGGCCAGGAUUUGGAGCCUGGUUCUGGGCAAUCUGCUGAAGCCUCACAUCCGGUUGGUUUCAGGUCUUUGGAAAAUUCUUCUCAGAGGGGCAGAGAAGAUUCUUCCUCCGGACAGCAGUGCUGGCCAUGCACAGUCUCGUGCUACGUGUCAGCCAGGCUGGGCUGCUGGUGACGGUGCUGGUGGUAGUGGCUCUGCCUUCAGAGUUGGGCUCUUGGCCUGCAGCCACCGCUCUCCCACCACCCAGCUCUGAAGCAGCAUAGAAGUAAGGGUGGUAAUACCACGGCACCCCCCACCCCCCCACAAAAUAGCCUUGCAACACAAUAGCCUUUUGGGUUGGGAUCCCCACUUUGAAAAAUGCUGACCUGAAGUCUUUACAUGUUUAUAUUUUAAAAUACAUAUUCAUGAUUUGUGACAACACCAUGAAAUUUAAGAUUUAAAGAUCUGUAACUGUGAAAAUCAAGAUUUUAAAAAUGCUAUGACCGUAACAUUUUUCAAAAUGGACUGUGAAUUUCAUAGAGCCCUAAUGAUGAAUCUGUCUUUCAGUGACCUCUCAUCUUAAAGACCAGAUGUCUGGGUGGUGAGCCAAGAGCUGGAUUUCCUAAGGGGACUGUCUUUUCUGAUUACAGGUUAACCAGUAUAGUGAGACAGAAGAUCAUUUUGUUACCGCUUGGUAAACUCUGAUAGAAUAACCAUCAGUUUGGGGUGUAUCUGCCCAGUUUCAUACAGUUUAUCCUGAAUAUGGUAUUCUCAGUUGUGACCCACUUCAUAGAUUAAGUCCAGAAGGGACCAUUACAUCAUCUAGUUUGCCCUUGUGUGUAACACAGGCCAGAGAAUUUCACCCAGUUACCCCUGUACUGAGCCCAAUAAUGUAUUUGUCUGAAGCAUGGUCCAGAAAGGCGUCCAGUCUGGAUUUGAAGACACCAGGAGAUGGAGAACCCACUUCCCUUGGUGACACUGAGAUUAGAAUGAAAUCUCUGAGAGCAGAAGAAAGUGACCAGAGCAGGAAAUGCCCAAGGGGUGGGGGGAAGGGACCUCAGACAGGACCGGAGACAGAUGCUGAAAUCACUUUCACUUCUCUUCCGGCGCAGACUGACAGCAGCAUCCUGACUUCCUUUGGGCAGAGCUGGCAUGGAGAAGACAUGGAAAAAGCUGCUGUGGCAGACCCUGGAAGAGCAGGGGGACGGAGAGUUCAGGAGAUAGGAGAGCAGGCUGCAAGUGGCCCUGCUGGACCGAGGGGUGAGGCCCAUUCCCUGUGAGAAGCUGGACAUAGGGGCUGCCACAGCUAUUAAGGAUGUGCAGAUCAGGUUCUGCACCGAGCGCUACGGGGUGGAGGUGGCCGUGAAGGUGCUGACAGACAUCGACCGCAGAGACAGUACAGAAUGAGCUCGGGAGAGAUCAGACCCCCUAAUGGGGAACCCACAUUACACACCCCGACCUGCCAUCUUAUUUCUGUGCACAGCCCAGCCAGGGAUCAAUCCAGCUCUUGCCAUCAGGAGGAGUCAGCUCGGUUCCCCGAAGCUUGUCCCCUUCUGUCCUGUUCCCUCCAACCUCUCCCAGUCCUGCCUCUUCCCCACCCGCCACUCCUCAGUCCAGUCCCACUCGUCUUCCCCAGCGAGUCCCAGGUUCUCCUUGCCCAGCCAGUCCCAGUUCCUCACAGCUCCUCGUCUGAUCUGUAUCUCCCCUCUCCCAACACUGUUUCCUUGUCCAGCCAGUCCCUGUCUCAGCCUGUCCAGUCUCAGUGUGCCCUGUCCCCCUGGCCCUCCAUCCAACGGGCUCCCAAUCCCGUCCUUUCUGUCUGUCACUGGCUGAGUCGUGGGUGCUCUGGCCUAAUGGGCGGAGUAAGAGUCUGAACUCAGAAGAGACGGGUCCUGAGGCAGAGCCAAGGGUCGGAGCUGGGACUUAGAAGCCAAAGGGUAACUGGAGUCAGUCAGGAGGCACAGCAAAGGGUCAGAAUUGGGAGUCCAAAGCCAGCAUGGAGCUGGGGCUGGAGCAGAGCUAGACACAGCACAGCAGGGACAGGACCAAGCACAGCUGCAGCCAAGGAGCAUGUUGAGCAGCCAGUGCUCUGUUAUUGCUGCUGGCCCUGCGGCCAGUCAGACCCUGCGAUCAAUCAGGCAGCUCCAGGCCAGGGCAGCUGGGCCUACUAGUUGCCAGGCAGCGAACUUAGCUGGGGAGCAGGUCAGUGGCUGCACCUAGCUGACCUGACCCCUGUGAGUAGCCCACUUUCAGGGGCACCUUCCAGGAGCCCAUGAACCAGGAUUCUUGAGGUCUGCUCUGGGAAAGUACGCAGAAGGCCCGGGGCAUGGCCAUGUUCCGUGGGAUCCCAUGAGCUCACAGAACUCCAUCUGUUUCUUUUAACAAAGAGAAGGUAAGGGGUGACCUGUAAGUAUCACAUAGGAAACAAAUAUUUCAUAAUGGGCUCUUCAAUCUAGCUGACAAAGGUAUAACAUGAUCCAAUGGCUGAAAGUUGAAGCAAGACACAUUCUGAUUAGAAAUAGGGCACACAUUUCUGACAGUGAAGGUAAUUAACCAUUUGGGAACAAUUUACCAAGGUCCUGGUGGAUUCUUAAAAUGGGAUGUUUUGUUAAAUGAUCUGCUCUAGGAAUCCCCCCACCCCCUCAAAUCUUUUCUAUACUUCUGCCACCCACACCCAACAACUCUCCUGGUUCACUCCCAGCCUCCUCCCAGCAAGUAUUUCCCUCUCCCUCACUCCUCCGUUAGCCUGACUCCCGCAAGCCUUUGCGCUGCUUCUGAGGGGUGCGGGAAAUACAUUUCUAUAUUGUAUUUUACAUGAAUUCUUACUCAAAGUUCUGUAUUAAUAUGCCUAGUAAGGAAUCUAUUUGUCAA